AUGGUCCCGUCCUGGAGCCUCCUAACCCGCCGCUCCAAUCUCGCUCGACAUCUACGGCACGAUCGCAUCCAAGCAGGAGAACCCACUGUUGCGGGCUCUGACCACCGCGCAUCGCUUGGCAUCAACUACCUGCCGUCCAAGUUGUGCUUCCGCGGUCAAACGAGGCGGUCAAACGUGAGGAAUCCCGCUGCCGCCGAGAUGUCGCGACGAGUUGCCUCCUCGUUCCAAAGCCAAGCGCAAGCCGUCAGCCGCGCGCCUCAGGCCUCAGGCCUCAAGCUCAAGACUCGACGACCCGGCCAUCUCCUCUCCUUUCGCGAGAAACAGCAGCGGCGGACCUUGCUCUCAUUGCUAGGCUACUGCAAAUCUCAGAUUGAUCGUGCUCGGCAUUAUGCGGUCGCAGUGGUGGCCAACUUGUUCCGACUGGCUCUUGCUUUGCGUUCGACCUUGGAAAAUUCGUGCUUGGAGAUCUGA